AUGGCUGACGUGCAGGAAAUCCUGAAGAAGAAGUUCGGUGGUGCUGCCCCGGCCCGCACUGGCGGCAAGGGAACCCCCAGACAGAAGCAGAGACGCAAUGUCGCCCGCAGCGCCAACGACGACAAGAAGCUGCAGACCACCCUCAAGAAGCUGAACACUCAGCCCAUCCAGGCCAUUGAGGAGGUCAACAUGUUCAAGUCGGACGGCAACGUCAUCCACUUCUCGGCUCCCAAGGUCCACGCCGCCGUUCCCUCCAACACCUUUGCCAUCUACGGUGCCGGUGAAGACAAGGAGCUUACUGAGCUCGUCCCUGGUAUCCUCAACCAGCUCGGACCCGACUCCCUGGCUUCCCUCCGCAAGCUCGCUGAGAGCUACCAGAACAUUGCCAAGGAGAACAAGGAGGGUGGUGAGGACGAUGAUGACAUCCCCGACCUGGUCGCUGGCGAGAACUUUGAGAGCAAGGUCGAAUAA